CUGUGGUAAAAACUAAAAAGUCAAAACAAAAACAUGUGCGGCGAAAUGUGAAAUGAUGUGUUGUAAAAUUGAAAUACAAAAUUAGAUUUUUGAUUGGUUGAUUUAAACUAUUAGGUAUUACAGGAUUAUACUACAAUGGAAGAAGAACAAACACCUAACGUGAGCCUGGUGUCAUGUAUGCAUUUUUUGCGGCGUGGAGUUGCUAAGUCAGUCCCAGAAAAGAUAGAACUAACUGAAAAUGAGUUAGCUAAUUUAAUCAAACAGACUGCUGAUGAGUUAAGAAUAGCAGAACAAGGUGAAGACCAAAGUGAUGAUGAGGAGGAGAACGCCAGCUCAGUGAGACCUCCACCAGCAGACCCCAAUGAUGAGUUCAAUUUUGCUAAUUAUGACCAGGAAGAUUCUAAUAAUCCAAUUGGUAUUGCUACAAUAGCUACAGUUCCUAAUCUGGGUGAUUUGAGUGAAAACGUACAAAUACGAACAGAAGGGGCAGACAGUGACGAAGAAGAUGACAUCAUCAAACCUGAUGAUAAUCUGCUCCUGGUGGGGCACGUGGAAGCUGAUGCCAGUAUACUGGAAGUUUAUAUCUACAACAAAGAAGAGGGAUCAUUUUACGUACAUCAUGACAUCAUCCUGCCGUGGUUCCCGCUUUGUAUAGAGUGGCUGAACCAUGACCCGUCAGACCCGGAACCUGGCAACCUAUGUGCCCUGGGAGGAAUGGAUCCAGUGAUUCAAGUAUGGGACUUGGACAUUGAGAACUGUUUGGAGCCGGUGUUCAAACUCGGUCAGAAGCCGAACAAGAAGAAGAAACUUAAACGAGUGGGACACAAGGAUGCUGUGCUGGACCUCUCAUGGAAUAGGAAUUUCAACCAUGUCCUGGCAAGUGGGUCGGCAGAUAACACAGUGCUGCUAUGGGACCUCGACCAAGGCUCGCCGCACACUAAGCUGGAUUACUUUGAAGACAAGGUGCAGUCGCUAUGUUUCCACCCGCUAGAAGCUCAGACGCUGCUGUCGGGCGCGUGCGACGGUCGCGCGCGCGUCACCGACUGUCGCGCCGCCGACGCGCACAAGGCGUGGUCUCUGGCGCCGGAGAUCGAGCGCGUCGUGUGGGACUCGAGGAACCCGUUCUGUUUCGCUAUGAGUAACAACGAAGGCAAAGUGGCAUACGUGGACUGCAGGCAAGAUGAGCCGCUUUGGACUAUUAGCGCCCAUGGGAAAGAAGUUACAGGUUUAAUUUUAAGUGAAAAAGUACCUGGCUUGAUGGUAACUGUUGGUGCAGAUGAGAUGUUGAAAACUUGGGACAUAUCCAGUUCAGAGGCAGUGCAGGUGAGCGAGCGCGCGUGCAAGGUGGGGCAGGUGCUGUGCGCGGCGCCCUGCCCCGACGCGCCCUACGCCGUGGCCGUGGGCGGGGACAACAAGGAGCGCUUCAUCGAGAUGGUCGACCUGUCCAUCAGCGAACAAGUAAUGAAUCGGUUCGGAUCUCGAGGACAAACGGCCAACCCCACAGAAAAUAAUGAAGCUAUGGAAUCAUAAAACCAAUAUAUUUUUAAUUACUUUCAUAAGUAAAUAUAUAUAUUUAAUAUUUUA